AUGGCUUCCACCGCUCUCCCACAAACCAUGAAGUCCCUCCUCCAAGCCUCGCGCAAGGGCACCGAAGUCAUCUCCAUCACCUCGCCCAUCCCAACCCCCACCCACCCCGACGAUGUCCUCAUCCGCGUGCACACCGCCGCCCCCUGCGCCGGCGAGCUCCUCUGGGCCGUCAACUUCCCCGACAGCGUCCCCGCCGACAAGGAAAUGGUCCCCUGCCAGGACCUCGCGGGCACCGUCGUCAAGGCCCCCGCGGGCUCCAAGUUCGCUGAGGGCGACCGCGUCUACUGCCGCAUUGAAGCCAACCGCGCCGGUGCCGCGCGCGAGUAUGCGCUUGCUCGCACCACCGAACUCGCCAAGAUCCCCGCGUCGCUGGGCUGGAUCGAGGCUGCUGCUACGCCGCUGAGUGCGUUGACGGCGUAUCAGGCUGUGUUUGACCAGGGCGGUCUUGACCCUGCGGCUCUGCACGGCGAUGAGGCUGCGCGGGCUAAGAACGGUGCUAAGCGCGUGCUGGUUACCGGUGCUGGCGGUGGUGUCGGCAGCUGGGUGGUGCAGCUCUCGUCGCUGGCGGGUGCUAAGGCCGUGGUGGCUGUGUGCGGCGGGAAGGAGAAGAUUGAGUCCGUCACCAAGCUGGGCGCUACUGAGGUUGUGGACUACACCAAGACGAGCAUCGAGGCGUGGGCGGCGGAGGACCCUGCUGCGCGCGAGGUCGACUUGGUCAUUGAGAUGGUCGGUGGGAAGACGCUCUCGGGGUGCUGGCACGCGGUCAAGAACGGUGGUGACAUUAUCGCCAUCAACACCCCGCCUGAGUAUGGCAAGCCCGAGGGGCUGAAGAAGGAGCUGGGCAAGGGGCUGUUCUUUAUUGUUAAGCCGCUCGGCAGCAACUUGGAGGAGAUUGGGCAGCUGAUUGAUGCCGGCAAGGUCCGUCCUGUGGUGGACAGUGUGUGGACGUUUGAUGAGUUUGAGAAGGCGUUUGCCAGGCUCGACUCGGGGCACGCCAAGGGCAAGGUCAUUAUCAAGAUUAGCGAGGAGGCGGACAAAUAA